GUAAUUUUCUGAAGCAGACCGGACCAGUGUUUUCAAGCCUCUGAUUUAAACAGCAAUGUGACUGCGCAUUUUAUGCAGUGGCUUGAGCCUGCGUCAUAUUCAUUUUCUAAAUUUCGUGUAGAAUUUAACGAGGGAUUAAUUUUCGGAGAAGAAUAAAUUAAGGAUUAAUCCCAACAUGUUCUUUCUGAAUGGAGUGUUCCUUUUGCUCCAUCUCUGUGUUUUAGUAACGGUCAAUGCCCAACUUUCCGGACAGCUCCAGUUCGCGGUUAAAUCAGGAACAUGUCCAACCGAUAUCUGUGUGUCUGUUUUUGACAAUGGGUGUACCAGUGACUUAACGUGUCCCGGAGAUUUUAAAUGUUGUUCAAACAACUGUGGGAAGAAUAUGUGCUAUCCUCCAAAAGCUCAAGCUACACAACAGGAACAACCGCUACACGUGUCGUUUGUUCAAAAUGGCGGAAUGGAGUUUAACAACCAUUGCUACUACAACUCAAAGUGGUACAGCGCCGGCCAAAACCUAAUCAGUCGAAAUGGCGACGUCUGCACGUGUGUUAACAGAGACAAGAUCACGUGUUCUCGAUCAAACAAUAACAUGAAUAACAACAAUCAACAAAGUAACAACUUCAACGGUAACAGGAACAACUUUAAUACACAAUAUAACAACAAUGCAAACAACGGUCAACGUUUCCAACAGAAUUCUCCAGUCCAACAGCAAGCAAACUUCCGCAUGGGACCGGACACGUGGCAAUCUUCGUGGACCACCAAGGCCCCACCAACAACCACCACCCAGCGGGAAGCCACCCCUCAUCCCGCCAAAAUCUUCAUCCAAAAUAUAAAUCAUAACCAGGUCAUGAACGGUUUGGGAAGUAACCAACAGGCAAACGGACAAAUGUACAACAGUCUCGGAGACCACAAGAUGACACAAACGCCUGCCUUCUUUCAUGCGAGUCCGGUUAAAGAGGCACAAGCCAACGGUGUAAUUAACGGACAUGUGAACUUCCAUGACCCUUUUGAACCGGCAAGUACGCAUGCGCACCAGUCUUUAUUCGAUAAAGGAUUUCCAAGCAUAGCCAACAAACCUUUGUAUGUUCAGGAACACAAGACGGAAUCUAGCGGACCUUACAAGCCAAUAAUGGACGGGAAUGUAAACUUUGGCUUGCCUAGUAAACAGGCGGGAAAUGUUUGGGCGGGCCCACUAACGACAGAAAUAAGUGUGAUGCAAGAGGUUGGUUCGCCCGGUGGGUCGCAUCAAGGACAAAGCGUGGCCCAGGAGUACAAUCCUUGGGGCGUCACCCAGACCUACGAGAACACAGGCUUCAGCCAAAACGUCGUGGAGAACAUCGAACUAGGUUUGCUCGAAAGUCAGACGCAAGGCUUUGUUGCCUCCAGUGACUUUAACGCUGCCUUUUUUGGAGGUCAAGAGCAGCCUCAAGAUAUCAGUAACCCAUCCAAUCAAAACAAUAGACAAGUAAAGAGUCAGUCUCUUGGUCAGUUCCAGCAGCAAAUUGCAAUGCCACCGACCAAUAUCAAUCAAAACUUCAAUCAACAGUCCAUGGGUAGUAGUUUUCAAACAAGUAAUGUUAAUUACCAAAAUAAUCCGAGCGUUAUCAAUAAUGGUAUGGGCCAUGGAUCGGAAUCACAUAUGUAUCAGCCAGCGGAUCAAAGGAAUUCCCAGUCCUCUUUUCAAAUGCAUAAUGUUGAAAAUCAAAAUGUGAAUCCUCAAUCAGUAUUUGGCAGUUCCAAUCAAUAUGAUAAUCAAUACCAAGGAACUCAUACUUCGAACGUGAGAAUGCAAGAAAUGGGAAAUCCCUUCCAACAACCUGCUGAAAGAAAUCCUUACCCACAACCCGUUCAACAAAAUCCUUACCCACAACCCGUUCAACAAAAUCCUUACCCACAACCCGUUCAACAAAAUCCUUAUCCACAACAUGUUCAACAAACAUUUGCAGAGCAACAACCCUGGUCAAACCAACGUGCAGAAAAUGCCAACCAACAAUGGGCACCUAAGCAUCAAAUCUCUGCUAAUGGUCCAGCAAUCUUUCAACAUGACCAAAGUCAAAUUUCUAAUGUACAACAAAGGAUCGGCUCAGGGAACAUUCAAAAUUUAAGUAAGCAACCAACAAUGAAUAAUAUUUGGGACAAUGCAGAGGAAGCCAAUCAACACAACAACAAGAACAAAGCCGAUAAAUUUUCGAUCAUCCCAAAUCCAAACGAAAAUCUUUCCCAAGGGUCACAAUUUACAUUUGGUAAUGGUAGAAGCCAAGCUAAAGUGCGAAACGUCAUUAGUUUCGAAGCAUUGCAAAGUCAAAGUGAUUUAAGACGCUUUAAUAGUAAGCUAGCAAGAACACAGUUUUCCUUAAGUGAUGCCCAAGGGGGUCAACCAACACAGAUAGAAACUCCGAUUCCUCCGACAACGAAAAUUGUCGAAAAAACUACAGCCAAACCAAUUGAAACCACUGAAACACCUAAAACCAAGACAAAGUCGGACAUAGAUAUCCAGCCCGCUGUUGAUGAAAUUGUUAUUGAAACCACCAUACCUCCAAAAACUUCCACACAGAGUUUCAUACAGUUCUUGCAGUUUGUUUUGGAACAGAGAGAGUUGGUUAAAAGUAAAGCAGAUGCAAAAGCGUCGGAAACUAUUGACACCAGUGACUUCGUGAAAAGUAAAACUGCUGCACCUACGACGAAGAUAUCCGUAAAAGCUGAAACAGUGGCAUCUACAACAAAACUUCCUUUAAAGAGUUCAUCAUCAGCCCCAAUCACACCCUCUCAAAGCACUUCGACUGCUGCUCCUACAACGCAGAAACUGACAACUGUUGUAAAAAGUACAACGACAGUACCGACAACACCAACUGCAGCAGCGAUAACAACAACAGCAGCCAAGAUAACAACAGCAGCCCCAGAAACAACUACAAAAGCAAGGACAACAACAGUCAAAACGACUGUUGUUACUGCUGCCCCAACAGUCGCUUCAACGGAAGCUGCUACUCCAGCAGCUUCUACGACCACGUCCAGUGUAACACCAGCCGCAACCACCGCCGCAACCGUUAUUACCACUACUGCUGCCAGCAAAAUGAACUCUAUUGAACCGACCACGUCUGUCAAUUUUAGUAAAAUACCAAGCACAUUGAGAUCCCUAUUGGCUGACAUAGACAAACAGACCACAGUUCGUAUAAAGUUUAAGAAGUCAAAUGAUGCAACUCCUGAAAUAUCCAUAGAGUAUGUCACGCCUUCACCAAAGAAAGAUGAAAAACCGUCGUUAAAACAGGUGGCUACUUCCACCAUUCCUACUACGACAUUCAAAUAUGGACCAAAUAACGCCGCACAAAAACUAUCCUUCAAAAACCCGAUUCCGAUAGAAUCAAAAGAAUCACGCAUAAAGAUUGUUACAGACACGCCUCCUCCAAAAGUUGUUACGUCUACUGAAAAUCCAGGUUCGACACAAGCCGGUGUUCCAGACGAAAAGAGUGGGGGACUAACUAAUUCGCGCUUUUCUCAUUAUCAAUUUACCGACAGUUCUCCAGUGCGUAUGGAUGUGGUCGAUUAUAGCAAAGAUAUUCCCUUGAAUGCAAAGCAGACGACAACAGCCGUGCCAGCGGAGACACCGGGUGUUUACAAUGGGAAUUCAACCAACUUCGGUCCAGGAAACAUUGCAAAGCAAAAUUCUCCACCAAAGACCUCGAACAGGCAACAAGAAGAGGAGGCACUUCCUGCAAAUGCGACAUUUUUCCAAAAGAUUAUGUUUCUGAAAAGACAAAAGGCUGCCAGGGAGAACCCGGUAGAAGCGCUGCAGAAGUUCGGAGACCCGUCAGCCAACAUGCUGAAUCUCAUUAAGCUGCUCCCAAAGAACAACAACAGUCCGAUGGCUGCGACAAACGAAGCUGCGUUAUUUACAUCCAAGGUGGAACCACCUGUGAGAAAGACGACAUCGAGAGACACUGCCACCACUCCUGCUCCAAAAAAGUCACCCAAGGUCGUUAAUAGGAAUGUUCCUGCUAAGACUAACACUAGGGUGAAAACUCCAUCGGGUAAUAUGCGUACUAAUAGCAGAAGCAAUUCAAGGAAUACAGCACAGCGGAGGGGCUCUAAAAAUGUCCCUGUGACGCCAAAAGGACGUCGACCACAGUCAAAUAAAAAGAAACCACAACCAAAGAGAAACAAAAACCAGUGCAUAUAUUUUGGAAAGGUCUACAGAGCUGGUCAAAGGUUUAAGAACGACAAGGGACAGAAGUGUAAAUGCCAGCGAGGAGGACGAGUCAAAUGUAGACGAUAACAAUGUCGCAAGUGACGGCGUCUGUUUUCAAUUUUUUUUUUUUUUUAAUUUUUUUUCGUGAGAUGUGUCAGAGAUUUUACCAUGUUAAAAAUAAAAAAAAAAACUUUUAUAGAAAGACGAAUCACUUAGUUUUUUUUUAGUUCGAAUAACUCUUAAAUAGAUUUAUAUACCGGUAUACGGUGUGAUUAUAAUUAACUUUUUUUUUUAUUUUAAAACGAAUUUAAGAAAUGUAAGAAAUUGGCGUGGUUGUUUGACACACUAUUUAAUAAGUUCCAUAUAAGUGCGAUGUAGUUAUAUUAUGGGGCAUUACCAGCACAAAGUCAAGUUAUGUCCCUUAAUUUAGGACCUUGCAAAUACUAGUAGACAUAAGAUCGAGGUCAUGCGCGGAUCCAGAAAAUUCGAAGGGAUCCGUGGAAGGGUUUGGUAUUGGGGAGGUCCGAUGUAUAUUUUCGGUAAUUUGACUAUGCAUACAUAUGAAAUUCGAAUUUCCAUUAGUUGGG